AUAAUUUAUUUAUUCUAUUUUCGCGGAAGUGAUUUUUUAUUUAUAAAAAAAUAAUUUGUUAUUAAAUUGUGAUCUUGGAGUUUACUUGUGUUUUGCAAAGAUGUCGAUGGAUGAGAUGCAUCCAAUGUUUCCUUACACCAAGGAAGAUGUGCAGGAGAUCAGGAAGGAACUGGGGCUGAAGGAGAGCACCAUCGAGGGAGACAUUGAUGCUAUAGUCGACUGGUUCCAGAAACAACCACAUCUGGCUGAAGCCGGUAUAGAAAGACCCUUCGUGGAGAGGAUGCUGAUUGUCGCCAAAGGGUCGAUGGAGAAGGCAAAAAGGAGAAUAGAUAACUACUAUAGAUACAGACUGCUUGCACCAGAGAUAAUACAGAAUAGAGAAAAGGUGCUGUCUGAUUCACAGGAUCUGUGGAGUUCAUACUUGCAGUUAUCGAUGCCCAAGAUGUAUAAAUGCAACCGAGUUUCAGUGUUUCAACUCCUCAAUCCUGACCCGAGUGCCUUCUCCUGUGAAGCUUUCCUUAGGAAUACUUUCAUGCUCGGUGACGUCAGAAUGAAACAUGACUACUUCCUCGGUGACAUCUGGAUUGUGGACAUGAGGCACGCCACCUUCUCCCAUCUACUCAGAUUGAACCCUACACUGAUGCAGAAAGCCGCACAUUUGUUCCAUGAAGGGCUUGGUCUUCGUAUCCACUCCAUCCACGUCCUAAACGCCAACAGCCUGUUACAACACGUCAUCAGCUUCAUGAGGCAGUUCUUCAGCCCCAAGAUUAUCGACCGUGUGAUCGUGCACGAGUCUUUAGAUGCCUUGCAUAUGAGCCUGCCUAAGAGGUACUUGCCUAAAGAUUAUGGCGGUGACGAGCCUGCUUUGGCUGAAUUUAGAGAUAAAUAUGAAAAAGAAAUAAGAAGCACAGUAACCAAGCAGUUCCUUAUCAACUCUAUGAAGAUGGUUUCCAACGAGAAGAAACGCCCCAACGCUGACAUCAACGAGGAAUAUUUGGCUGGAUCAUUCAGGAAAUUAGAUUUCGAUUAA